AAUGUUAUAGAGGAUGGAUGAAAGUAGUGCUAGUGGAGGUGGAAGGGGAAAAAACAAACGAUUUUGGACUGCCCAAGAAGAUAAGGCUCUUGUGGAAGCCUUGUCAGAGUUAGCUGUUGAUCCUCACUGGAGGUGUGAAAAUGGAUUUAGAAGCGGCUACAUGGUUCGCUUAGAGGAGCUCAUAGGUAAGGCUCUUCCUGGUUGUGGUUUGAAGGCUCUGCCACACAUUGAUUCUCGACUUAAGACACUUGUAGCCAAGUUUAGGGCUAUUUCUCAAAUGUUAAAUACAAGUGGAUUCGUCUGGGAUGAUGAAAAAAAAAUGAUUUCUGUAGAUCGGGCUGUUUAUGACGAGUAUUGCAAGAAUCAUCCGAAUUGCAAAAACCUGUUUGGAGUUUCAUUUCCGCACUUUCAUGAACUAAUGAAUGUUUACGGCAAGGAUUACGCUACCGGAAAACCAGCUGAAGAUUAUGUUGAAGCAAUACAGAAUUUGCAAAACGUUGCCCCUCCACAAGUUACACUUGAUUCAAGUGAUGAUGAGGGAAUUGAUGCUAGUGGUAAUGCCACUCAAACUGUUACUUCUCCUCCUGCUAAAAAAAUGAAAACUGAAAAAACUUCUAAUAAAAGAAGUAAGAGAGGAAAUGCUGGUGAAGGUAGUUCUAAUGAGUUGGCUAGCUUACAAGCAUUCAUGAAAGACAUGAAUGUUCAUCUUUCAACUAUGGCAAAUGUGAUGGCCCGCACUGAUGAUCGUGAGCAAAAAGUAGUUGAACAGACUGAGAAAGUGUUAGAGGAACUACUAUCUUUUAAUUUAGAAGGUGUAACUCCUAACCAAGUUUUUGAAGUGGCUAACAUUCUAACCUCACAACCAAACAAGCUCCUCAUAUUUUCAAAGUGUCCCGACGCUUUGAAAAGUGAUUAUGUUAAGAGUCUUCUUGGAGGAAAUAGUAAUGCUUAGAUCUAAUGUUGUGGUUCCAUGAAUGAUUUUGAAAAGGACUAGAACACUUUUCGUAUGUAUUUUGAUCUACAAACAAGUCAUUAUAUGUAAUUAAUCGAGCUACGUUGUUAUUAUUUAGAGUUAUGUUUUUUCAAAAAAUAAUUUUUUCAAGUUUAUCAUAUAACAACUACUUAUUUUUGGAGAAAAUAUAAAAGAAUUUAAAAAAUCAAAUUUUGAUUCCUUAGCUUGAACCAAACAGUCACAAAGGGAAUCAUUCAGCAGUUCAUUCCGUUUCCUGAACACAACCAAACAACUAGGCUAAAUUAGGGGAAUCCAUUUCUUUCUCCUUCAUUCCCUUUCCUGAUUCCAUUCCGAUUCCCUUGUGCGAACCAAACG